UCCAGAAUAGACUUAGACGAACUAAUGAAGAAGGAUGAACCUCCACUCACUUUCCCCAAGACGCUUGAAGAGUUUGAGUACACUUUCAACGAGCAGGGCCAGUUGAGGCACACCACGACAGGGGAGGAGUUUGUGUUCAACGCCCGAGAGGAUCUACACAGGUGGAAUCAGAAACGUUACGAGGCGUUGGGAGAUAUCGUUACACAGUAUGUUUAUGAACUGUUGGAGAAGAAGUGCAAUAUGACGAAUGUAAUCUUGCCAGUGGAUGUGACAGAGGAGGAGCCCAGGAGUUUCAUCUACCUGAGUGCUGAUGCCAUGUCCAACCCUGCCAAGCUGCUGGUGCUCAUCCAGGGGGACGGGGUGGUCCGGGCCGGCCAGUGGGCACGAAGCCUCCUCAUCAACCAAGACCUGGACUCAGGGACACAGAUCCCCUUCAUCACCCGCGCCAAGGAGGAGGGUUACGGUGUAAUGGUGCUCAACCCCAAUGAGAACCACCUGAAGGUGGAGAGGCCGGCCAAGCCCACCCCCCUGCCCUCCCCCGAGGCCUCGGACGAACCCACCGAGAAGAGAGAGCACAAGGACAACCGGGAGAGCAAGAAGAAGAGGGACUUCUACGAGAAGUACCGCAACCCGCAGAAGGAGAGCGAGACAGAGCAGAUCCCCAUACGGGAAAACAGCUCCCCCGAGGAACACUUGCUGUACGUGUGGGACCACUUUGUGUCCAACGCUGCCGCCAGGAAUGUCUUUAUCGUGGCGCACAGCUACGGAGGCUUGUCAUUGGUGGAGCUGAUGUGUCAGAGAGAAGCUCAGGUAAAGGACAGGGUGUUUGCCGUGGCCAUGACCGACUCCGUCCACAACAUCUGGCACCAGGAUGCCAACAAGAGCAUCCAGGAGUGGCUGCAGCAGCACUGCCGGAACUGGGUGUCAAGCCCCGAGCCCCUGGACACACCGGUGGAGCCCAUGCUACCAGACUGCCCUCACCUCUCUGCAGGUACAGAGCGACACGAGCUGACAUCAUGGAGGAGUUUAAACUCCAUCUUCCAGUUCUUCAGCAAGGCUCUACAGACUGGGAAUGAGUACGAGGAGUCCUCCAACACGGUCACCACACGCAGCUCCCACAGGACCAAACAUGAACAUAACCACGACGACUAGAACUACACCAACAGGAGGGAAACACGGGGGGAGGGUCAAAUCCUCUCUAUUUACCCUCCUUCCUUCCUCCCUCAUCUUUGUGUGAUCUUUCCCUUCCAGCUGAGCCCAUCUCCCGGGUCGCAGAUGCAUUGUUUUACUGGCAGAGUGCGGGUUGGCGGUGGUGGUGUAUACAUCGCAAUAGCGCUUUGCAUUAUUUCUAGAUGAGUGCAACUGUCAAAGCAAUAUGGGCUGAGUGUUUGCGCUUACCAUGGGCUGUGGCGCUUGGCUGUGGUCUGGGCCACAGAGCAGCGGCAGUGGCUCAGAUUAAGGCUGACAGGCGCUGUGCACAGUGCGCCGUGAUGCACCUCCAACUGUCCUGACAUCACCCUGAAUGAGCUAAUGCCCCAGCAGCCCUGUCCCCCACUCCCCGAGGUCCUAAAACCUGCCUGACCCACGGG